GGAUACCUUUGCCAGGAACCCCCAUCCCACUCCCUCUGCCCUUUACUCUCCACCACGCACACAGCUCCCCGGGGGACUGGGCCACCCUGGACCUUGCUACUUCCUGCUCCUGGCAGCCAUAGCUCAGAGACCAUGGAGCUGUGGAGGCAGCUGAGUCAGGCUGGACUGGUGCCUCCGGGGCUGGGCCCACCCCCCCAGGCCCUGAGGGAGGUCCCACCAGUGGAAAUCCCUGGUCAGACCCUCAGGACUGCAGGGACAGACACUGGAGGUGCCUGGGAUAGUCUGCUGUGGAUCAGGGAGGAGCUGGAGAACCUGCGCCGAGUUGAUGUCCAGCUGCUGGGACAGCUGUGCAGCCUGGGGCUGGAGAUAGGGGCGCUGCGGGAGGAACUGGUCACCAUAUUGGAGGAGGAGGAGGAGAGCAUCGAGGAAGAGGAGGAGGAUCAAGAGCCCCAGUGGAAGCAGGAGGAGGAACACCUGGAGGCCUGCCCAGCUCCACACCCCCCUGACUUUGAGAUGAUGAUCUGAGGCUCUGCCAGUGCAUUUAGGUUGACAUACAAAUUAGAUGCAAAUGUAUGCAAAGGGGAGGGGAGAUUUGCAGGUCAAAUCAGAUGUGGAAUCAAGUAUACCCCUUUAGUAAGUGCUUUCUCUGAAGAUGCCUGCAAUGAGAUUUAGACAUUGGCCUGUGAGCUAUGGGUGUGUUGGCAGAUGACAUGAGGAUGUGUUUGGAGGUGAUGUGGGAGGUUGUAGAGAAGUUGCAGGUGCUUUUGCAGAUGAGCCUCAGCUGUGCUGCUGAGAUGGGGUCUCUGCAAAUGUGAUGGUGAUGCAUACAGAUGGGAUUUCAGAUCAACGCUGUCCAGUAUGGUAGACGGACAGCAGACACACAUGGCUAUUUAGUGCUUGAAACAUGGGGAGUCCAAAUUGACAUGUGCUGUGAGUGUAAAAUACACAACAAAUAUUAAAGGCUUAGUAUGAUGAAAAUAACAUAAGACAUCUCAAUCAUGUUUAGAUUAAUUACUUGUUGAAAUAAUAAUAUUUUGAUCAUAUCAGUAGUAGUAAAAAUAUUACUAAAAUUA